UUUAAUAUUAUUAUAGACGACACAACGAUUUUAACGGUAAUCAAAUUCUGUACUAAAUCUUUUUGAUCAUUCCAUUUCGAUUGUGCUUUUGUAAUUUGAAACUUUGUAUGCACUUGUAGUUGUAGUUAAUUAAUACUUAUAACUACAAUUUUAGAUUUAAUGAUUGGAUAAGAAUUAUCUUUCAAAGUAAUUGUUAUUUCUUAUCGACUAAUUAGUCCUACCAAGUAUUUAGGUAUACCAUAAACAUGGAUAAUAGUGAGAUGUUUAGUGAAGACCAACUCGAGCCGUCCCUUAAAAAUGUUAUCGACCAAGAGACACUAAAAUGGAUUUUUGUUGGCGGUAAAGGAGGUGUUGGUAAAACGACUUGCAGCUGUAGUUUAGCUAUCCAAUUGGCUAAGGUGCGUGAAUCGGUUCUUCUCAUUUCGACGGACCCCGCACAUAAUAUAUCUGACGCUUUUGGACAACAAUUCACCAAAGAACCUACCAAAGUAGAUGGAUUCAACAAUUUAUUCGCAAUGGAGGUAGAUUCAUCUGGUCACGAUAUGGUAAUGGAGGACUUAUUGAGCGGAGAUGAUGAUUCUGAUACUGUGCGACUGGGUAAAAGCAUUUUACAAGACAUUUUUGGAGCAUUUCCCGGUAUCGAUGAAUCCAUGAGUUAUCUCCAAGUAAUGAAGUUGGCGAAAAAUAUGAAUUUUUCUGUUGUCGUAUUCGAUACAGCUCCGACUGGUCACACUCUGAGACUUCUAACAUUCCCCCUGAUAAUUGAACAAGCAUUAGGAAAAGUAUUAGAACUAAAAAACAGGGUUGGCCCUUAUUUGAAUCAAGUGUUAAUGCUAUUUGGCGCAGGCAUCAACAUUGACAAUAUAUCAGCAAAGUUGGAAGAAUUAUUGGCCACUAUUAAGACUGUAAAUCAACAGUUUAAAAAUUCAGAUCAAACAACAUUUGUGUGCGUGUGUAUUGCCGAAUUCUUGUCAUUAUAUGAAACCGAAAGACUGGUACAAGAAUUAACUAAGAACGGAAUUGAUACUCAUAAUAUUGUCGUUAAUCAAUUGUACAUGAAAAAUGGAGAUUCCGAUCCAAAUUGUAAAAAAUGUGCGCUUAGACGUGCAUUGCAGCGCACAUACCUUGAGCAGAUCAGUGAUCUAUAUGUCGACUUCCACGUUACGAAGCUUCCACUAUUAGAUAAAGAAGUCAGAGGCGUCAAAGAUAUUUCUGAGUUUUCUAAGUAUCUAGUUACUCCAAAUUAUGCGUUUAACGUGAAUAAAUAGCAGUCGUUGUUUUAACAUUUUGUCCCUUUAUUUAGCUUAUUUUGAUACAAAGCAGUAAUAUAUGUAAAAAUAUAUAUUUUUUUUCAUUUUCUUAUCAUUCUGGUGUAUUCAUUGUCUUCACUGUAAAAAAUAUUUAAUUAUUAAUAUAUUUUGUGUUGAAUUAAUUGAAACAUUCAAAUUAAGUUGGUCGUAAAUAAAAAAAAAAUUUAAAUCUUUAA